AUGUCCCAAGUAUGGAGCGGCAAUAUCAGCACGGAUGAUCUGGCUACCUGCAUCCAAGAUGUCCAAAUCUGGGCUCCCCAAUCUUCGACACAAGUCCCCCUUUCUCAGGACGCAAAGCUGCAUUUCCUGUCCCUUGUAGAGGUCACUCGGAUCCCUUUAUAUCUCGCCGCGGGACCAUCCUGCAAUGUCUCUACAGGAAAUGAGGCUACUACAAGAUGGUUGACGGAGGCACUGCUUGAUUAUGAGGAGUCUGACCUCCGUGGGGACGCGUCACGGGAGCCGUGGUGGUCGCACUCGGGCAGGCAGUCGGAAAAUGGCAUACUCCUCAGAGUUGAGACUGAGAAGGUGGAGGACCGUGAGAUACGGAACGUGAUCACAGAAGUGUUGCUCUAUGCUGCGUCCACGAAGACUUAUACAUCGCUACCAACUCCGCCGACGUCUUCCUCCCCAGCGCCUCCGGAUGAGGAUACUUCGGACGCUUUGGACCAGGUUGGAAAGACGGUCAAGGUCUACGCUUUACCGCUAUGCUCGAACAGCAUCGGCCGCGCGAAACUUUCACUGGAAACCUGUCCAUCAACCCCAAAUGAGUUCCCGAGCGUUCCGCAAGCUUGCUUUCUUCCGCACACGCAUGAUCCAGGUCGAGUCACGCAGCCGGUUCCUCAGAAGCGUCAAAGCAUCUCCACCUUAUUCGAGGAUGCAACGAAGAAGAGAAGAAAGUUCAAAGGACGCGGCGGAGAGAGUAUCUCUGAAGCCAUGGCCAGCAUUGACCGCCCACCUUCUCAGCAUGGACUGCCGGAGAAGCAAGAGGCUCCUCCGCCGCAGCAAAACGACUUGACCAGGAAGAGUCUCUCGCGAGCAUCCAGCAUGUCAUCUGUCGCCGUCUCAGAACACCCUCGGCCUGGAUCCCGCUCGGGGCUACUGGCCAAUGGAAAGCGCUCAUCGCUGCACCACGUAGAGAGGGCGAUUUCUCCUCGCGACAGCCCAACACCCUCAGAGUUAGAUGGAAGCUGUGCCCAAAAAAAUAGGGCUGCACUCACGAAGGUCAUCAUGGCUGGCAUGCGCCUGCAUGGACUACAGCAGAAGAAAAAGCCAUCAAGCAAGCCACAGCCACCUAUCCAAGUGACAUCGCACAUCGACACGACUUCAGUAGCCAAUGAGGCCGAGGACGAGUACAAGCUCGUCUACCACCAGACUUUCAAGGCGGCCAUGUUCACAUUUCGAAAACAUCUCAACGCACAGCUCGUUUCUCAAGAGACAAUGCGGGAUGUUGUGGAUCGACUGCUGAUCAUGUUCUGUACCGACCCCAUGGUAGUAGAUCAUGAUCCCGACAGCGGCCAUCUCCAGGCAUCUGAAGCCAACAACGGACUCCCUUCUUCCAGCCCCUUUGACAAGCCGAGUAGCCAAGCCCGGUCUUCCGAUCUUGCCAAUGGCUGGAAUACUCCGAUGGUGAAGAAACGCUGA